AAACGCCAAAUUAUAUAUAUAUAUAUAUAUAUAUUUAAAAAGUAUUCAUUUUUGGAAGUUAUUAAUUUGCCACAAGAAAAGAUGCACUGGCUACAAAAAAAACAACUUAAACAUUCAAGUCAUAAUGGACAACCUACAAGCACCAACUCUAUAAUAUGGUCGUGUUUAGUUUUUGAAAAUAAAAGUAUUGUAAUGUAUUGGACAGUUUUUAGGAUUUUUAUAGGUGACAAAAUAUUGAAACAUACUAAAUCAAACUUCUGGUGUAGCUAGCAUUAUAUUCAAAGUUUUCUGGUUUUACAUAAACGACAGGAUUUAAAGGGUCUAAAUAUAUUGAUUACCAAUAGAUGGUCAAGAAUUAAGAAACUUGGACUUAAAACAUAUGUGCAACACAUUUUCUAAAUCUUUAGCAAAAUAUACAAAGAAAAGUGGUCCAACAAUGUUGCCCUGAGGGAUCCCCAAAGAUUUGACCUGAUCCCAACAACUUAAGUAGAAAUUGUUCUGUUGGAAGCCCUAUUCAGAAGAAGGAAUAUCUAAAUUGUCUACCUUGCUGCAGAUUACGUUUUCCCUCUUAAUAUUUUCAGAAACUACUCAAAAAACAUUUUUAGAGUAAAGAGAAGCUUUUAACUCUGCUGCUACAGCUGUGCCACAGGGAUAUACGAGCAUUGCGAUGCUUCCUGUCAGUUUUUCGUCAUCGAAUAAAACACACUGUGAUUUUCCGUGUUUAAUAACAGCCUGGCUCUUAACAUGCAGCCAUUUCUGCUGCAGCUCCAGGAAACAACUCCAGGAUGUGGAGUUAUUUCUCUUGAAUCCAAUUACCGUGGAGCCAAAGCACAGCCUCAACAGUUAGUCCAAGCACAGAUUAGGAGCAUAUGCAGCUAACGUCAGCGUUCCCAUGCCAUGCCAAACCAAAUGUUUUCCCUCCCGUUCUCCGUUUUUCAGGAGCACAACGGGAUCUGUGUUGUCAUGACGAUCAAAUCUUGGAGUAAGCGUCUGUGGCUCCUUAAGGAGCUCUGGACAGAUUAGCGGGGUGUCAAGAAGAGUUUCUCCUGGUCUGCUGUAAAAAACCAGGGUUAGCACAUGUAAUAUGGAUUCAUUACAUAUAAUGUGACUAGUUAUACUAAACCUAAACAGCAACUUUCUAUCACAUCACAUGUUGGGUAUAAAAACAGGCUUGUAUACAUAAAUGUUAAACUUUCCCCAUGUAUUAUUUCUACUUCGCACAGCCAUAUAGGGACCAUUUCAACUCAUAGACUAAGUUCCCUUUUUGCCUCAUAUCAAAUUAAAGGGAUUGUUCCACAUUUUAGAGAGCGGUUUCUGUUAUAAGGUUAAAACCAUAUCUUAUCUUCGAAGGCACCAAUCAGGGCUCAACAAUUGGCGAGAUGCAGUGGUGUGCGGAGUGCCUAGAGUCUUGAAUUGUGUUAUUCUACCCCUUUGUAGACCCUAUAGUUGCUGUUUUUCUUGUGCAUUGUGAAAUAAUUAUGUCCUGCUCCCUCUUCCACCUGUUCAUGACUGUUUUGUCACUCUUGUUCUUGCCACAGCACUUGUGUUCAGUCAUGCUCCAUUUAGUUACUUUCUUCUGUGCUCCACUUCCCCUGUAUUUCAUGUAACUCAUGGUUUUACCAGCUUGCAGCUUUCCCUACGGCUGCAGCCUAAUGUCAUCCAGUAGUCACCACCCCAUUCUUUUUGGAAGCCGUUUCUUUUCCCAUUCCUUGUAAGUUCCUCCUGUUAUGCUGCUCAACGCUUUUCCAGUUGUUGUUGUUUUUGUUUUCUCUGUUGGGCUUUUUCUCCACUUGUUGGAUUUUCAUUUAAAGGUUCACUGCUUCUUCCUCCAUUUUAGUCCCUCAUCACAACCUGCUGUCAUGACAGGUCUGGAUUUCUUUGGGACCUUUAUUUGACCAGAGAGCUAUAUAUGCCACAUGUGUCUUUCUGAUCGUUUCUGAUACUUAUCCUCUAUGUCAAGAUUCUCUUUCAUUUACUAAGUGGCAGAGGUGAAUUCGACUCAGAACUCAUUUUUUGAAAAAGGUGGCAUGGCUAAAGUUUGGAUUGCUCCCAGGUUUUCCACUUUAGCCUAUAUACCGAUGAGGUCACGUGGGUUGGAAAUCCAAUUUAAGAUGGUUGUGUUAAGUGCAGCAGGAGAUAAAAGAAAGAGGGAGUUGAGUCAGCUUAGUUAAACUAAUGACAAUUCACUGAUAGGCAUAUUUGUGUCAAACCAAGAUGCAAAUGUAAAAAAAACAAAACAUAUCUUUUAACAAGAGCUCUCUUUAGGCACCGUGGGGAAAAAAAGAUUUCCUCCAAAAUGUCUCCGAAUUCAAGAGAGGUUUUUUUCUUUUAUUAUUUCAACCUUGUGUUUGACUCAGUCAGUUUUAGGUCAGAGAGAGAGAGACAGAGAGAGAGACUAAAUGGAUUAUCAAGAAGCAGUUCAACAGAAUCCCUUUCAUCCCAUUGCUGGCCAUCAGACAGCCAAGUGCUCCCCUACAGGGAAACACGGGAUUAGUUGCUCACCAUCGUCGGCUUCUUCUCAUUUGAGUUUUUGGAAUUGCACCACAAGAAUCUAGGAAUUUUUCCAGUGCGAGGAGCGAAGAAUGUGAAAGACGGGACUUACAGGGACACUGUCAAAAGCCACACAGAGGACAGCCGUGGCUUGUCUGUAUUCUGAAACUCAUGGAUAAUCUUCGACCUUUGAAGCUUCAUUUAUUUAAAAAAUGUGUCACUGACAAGUCAUUAGAGAAGAACGGCAAGUACAGUUUGUUGUCAUUGACUCUUUUUGGCCACUAAUGGACUACCCACAGUGACUGCCUCAGAUCAUGCAUAUGAUCAAAUCUUUGCCAAUGAGUCGCAAAGUUCUGUUGAAUCCUGAGUUCACAGGAAUUCUAAUAAGAUGUUGGAGGAUUCUCGAUGGAGUGCCAAGUUCCCUGUGUCUUUUUUCUCACUUCUUUUAGUUCUUUGCAUGUGAGACUUUUAGAAGUCAACUUUUAGAGCGUGCUUUCACAGGAUGAGAAACUACGAUGCCAUGGGCUGUUGGAUGUAAACUCUGGGUUCUGUAAAGGCUUUUGUUGGCGCCCCACAUGAAUUUCAAAAGGUAAGCGGGCCUGGGGAUGCUUUAAAUGGUGUUAAUAACAGAGGAACAAGGUAAAGAUUCAAAGGUCAAAGAGAAUGGAUUUGCUGGAGGAGUUGCCCUUGGCAAGACUAAGAGUAAAGCCAACAUCUUGGCUGGGGAUGCACCCCUUAUGUCCAUCUGCAAGGUUGAUGAAGAUGGAGUUGAGUGUGCGGUUUCAGAAGAUGAUGCUAAUGAAGAGGCUGAAGUUGAUUACACACGAAACUACUGGGAGGAUGAGGACGAUAUCUAUCAAGAGUUUGAGGAACUGGACUUCGACUCCCUACCAGAUCGUUCGGACACCCACAGCAUCACCACAGAAGACUCCUUCUAUCCCCUAGAUGAUUCAGUUAUUGCCCAAAUUAACCGCUCCCUCUACCGCCUGGAAACCCCCGAACCGAUCUCCUUCUUUAAGGCCUGCUGCAACAACAACCCUAUCAUAGUAAAGAUUAUGAUCAGACAAGGAGUGACUGAAGAAGAGGUAAAGGAGACCGACCGGAACAGAAGAUCUGGCCUCAUUGCUGCGUGCUACCAUGGUUACGUGGACGUGGUCAUGGCCCUCUCUCAGUGUCCCUACCUGGAUGUGAACUGGCAGGACAACGAGGGCAACACUGCCCUUAUUAUUGCGGCUCAAGCAGGUCACGUGUUUAUCUCCAACUACUUGUUGAACUACUUCCCCGGUUUGGAUAUCGAGAGGAGGAACUGUCACGGUUUCACGGCGUUGAUGAAAGCUGCAAUGCAGGGGAGGCUUGAGUGCGUCAGAGCCCUUAUGCUGGCAGGAAGUGAUAUCCAGGCUCGGGACUAUGGACGGAGAAUGACCCCCAGAGAGUGGGCUCUCUUCACCGGACGAUACGAGACGGCAGAUUUGAUGCUUCGGCUUAUAUCAAAGCCUUGCGCCGAGCAGUUCUGCGACUCCUUCCCCCUAGAGUGGCCAUUGUUAGAGGAACUCGUGUGGAACGCACAAAAUCCACAGACAUUCUGUCAGCGCUUGAUGAAACUCAUCUCUAGCUGCCCUUACAGGUUGUACUUCAACAACAAGGUAAACCCUGUGAACGAUGGUGUCCUUGAACACAUGGUGAGGAUAACCACAGGCAUCUCCAGCCCCUUCAUGGCCACGGCGUGCCACACCGUCUGCCCGGGCAGCCCGCCGUGUGUCGGAAAGCGCCGGCACGCCGUGCAGGAGAUCCUGAGGCGGCAACGGGUGGCGGAACUCAAACGCCUGGGUCCCGACAGGUUGAACAACUACAAGAAGCUUUUCCAGAACUCAAGGGUCCUCCUCAUCCCCAAAGUGAGGGACCGACGGGCGAGCCUGCAGCCCCAGCUGCUCAGCGACGUGGCGGCAGCGUCCACGGGGGCCAUCAGACGAGCCAGCCUCCUGCCGCUCAACAUGCUGAGGAGAAGCAGCGUGCGGCCAGGCAUCGUGGUGCCAAAGGUCACCCUCUGCAAAGCCCCGCCUUUGAUCUUCGUACCGGAAACGUCCAGCAGGAAUGGCAACGACAACCAGCUCCAGAUCCCAAAAUGGGAUUACAAGAUGAAGAAAAUAGAGAGGAGGCAGGAAGAGGAGAGGCGACGAAUGCUAUCUGCGCUAAGAAGGAGGUGAAGGAUCAAAGGAGGACAUGAAAAGUGUCUUGUGGCAAAGCGGGCACGAAGCACAGCGUCCCAGCCUUAGCAAAUCUGAACCUUUAAUGUGAAUUUAACUGCAAGUGUUGUUUCUGCUUGUUCAGAUCACUGAUGCUGCUUUGCCUUGUUUCUACUUGAAUUUGCACACUUCCCUUGAGAGGUGUAAUUUGUAAUGGGAAUGGGCAGAUGAGGGAGCAGAAGAAAAAAAAAAUAAACAUGUGACUUAGGGGAAUCAGGUA